UCGUUUCCGAUUCCGCGAGUCCCCAACCCAACUUAAUCGCUACUGCAAAUGGCGAAAAACACCAUGAGACGAGGGCUUCGCUGCUGGUAGCCGGCCGAGGUGGAAUCGGAAUCGAAGCACCGUGCGAUCGAGAUGUGUGCUGUGGCGCGCGAGAGAGAGGAAUCGGGGAUUUGGUGGCGGGCGGAGUUGAGAUCUUCCACUCGAUCAACCGGAAAAUAUAGUCCUUAAAAGAAACCUUUGUCCAAAUUGUCGUAGAAGAGCGGAGAUGAGCAAUAGCUCGUGGAAGCAAUGGGAAUUCCUAUUCAUCAUUCUUUAUGCCUUGGCUUUUGGCUUUGUUUUCAUCCGUUGGUCUUUGCAACUUUCCCGUGAUCAUUCUAGAAGCCUCUACGGUUUACGCCCCGGAUGGAUGUCUAAUCGCCUAAACGAUCUUUCUGAUGCACAAUGGAAAAACUUCCGUGGAAACUUGCCUAUUCUUACCUUGGUUAUGGGUUUUUUUACAUUUGUUGCAACUAUCUUGAGGUAUCAUUAUUGCUUAAAAGGGCGAGGAAUGUCCUUCAUAUGGAUUAUACUAUCUUUGUGUUAUUUAUCAUAUCUUCAUGAAGCUUGUGUUGGAUUUGUUCUUUCAAUUGCUUCAGCGAAUUAUUUCAUAGUGAAGACUUUUGCACGAUCCCGGUACUACAUUAGCAUGCUUUGGAUCUUCAAUGUAACUUUUCUUAUACUAAACCGAGUCUGUGAAGGCUAUUCAUUCUCCUUGUUUGGAGAACGCUUGGCAUUCUUGGACAAUUAUCGAGGUACUUUUAGAUGGCAUAUAUGCUUCAACCUAGUUGUAUUGCGCAUGAUCAGCUUUGGAUGUGAUUACCAUUGGUCCUAUAAGCAUACUCACUUUGAUCAAAAGAAACAUAUGCUGCGCUGCCAUGUUUGUUCUUCUGGAAGGACAUGCUACCAUGUUUUACAGGAAAGGAGCAUGCACAAUGAUAAAUAUUCAUUUAAUAUGUAUGUGUGCUAUUUGACUUAUGCACCACUUUAUAUAGCUGGACCCAUUGUAAGCUUCAAUGCAUUUGUGGCACAGUUAGAUGCACCUCAAAAAAAUUAUUCAGUUGGACAAAUAGCUUGGUAUGGGCUCAGAUGGAUUCUUAGCCUUCUCCUUAUGGAAACAGUAACACACUUUUUCUACUACAAUGCAUUUGCAAUUAGUGGCUUGUGGAGGCAGUUGUCACCUUUUGAGAUCUUCAUCAUUGGUUAUGGGGUCCUUAAUUUUAUGUGGUUAAAGUUCUUUCUUAUUUGGCGCUAUUUUAGGUUCUGGUCGCUGAUAGGAGGUAUUGAGACUCCUGAGAAUAUGCCUAAGUGUAUCAACAACUGUUAUAAUUUAGAGGGCUUCUGGAAAAACUGGCAUGCCUCGUUCAACAAAUGGCUUGUCAGGUACAUGUACAUUCCACUUGGUGGUUCUCAGAGAAAGCUACUUAAUGUGUGGGUCAUUUUCACAUUUGUGGCAAUAUGGCAUGAUCUUGAAUGGAAACUUCUUUCAUGGGCAUGGCUAACAUGUUUAUUUUUUAUUCCGGAAAUAUUAGUCAAAUCAUCAGUUAAUGCCUUUCAGGUAAACAGUGCUUCUGGAAUGUUCAUACAUCGUGAACUUAGUGCCAUUGCUGGUGCAGUAACAAUUACAUGCCUAAUGGUUGCAAAUCUUAUUGGUUAUGUUAUAGGACCAUCAGGCAUAAAUUGGUUGAUUUCACGAUUUCUUCAAAAGGAUGGGUUGCCUGUUCUAGCUGUCUUGUUUGUAUCAUUUUAUGUCGCAACCAAGCUUAUGUUUCACAUUCGUGAUGUGGAAAAAAACUGUCAGUGAUAGGAUUUGUUUGGGGCUGAUACUUUUUCAACUGGUACUCCUGCUAAUGUCAGGUACACAUCUUGGACCAAUUAAUAGCUUAAAGUAGAUUUUUUUCUAAAUGGCGUAUAGGCAAAAUAUAGAUGACUGAUUUGUGGCCCUCGGUUCUUUUGUUGAUUGGGAACUUGAGAGAUAUGGGAACAAGAGACUCUGCUUGCUUCCUGCUGAUGCAGGUAAAUUACAGUUAAACUACACAGCCUUUCUUCUUCUAUUGUGGCAAUUGAAGAUUGGAAUAGACAGUUUUUUUUUAGCAAUUCACUUACUGGUUCAAUUCUAGAAUCUGAAAAUUGCAGAUAUCUUUGUUAGUCAAGCUGCGGGAUCAAACCUGGUCGCUGAUCUAACAGCCUUGACCAUCUGUUGCUAGAAAGUGUUUGCUUUAAGGGACCUUUAAAAAGUAUGAUGAGAUAGCUGUAUCACCAUGACCUGAUUUACUGAAGUCAUUUAUAAUGCAAUUCUACUUACAAAUACUCCCAAACAUGAUGCAUCUAGAUCUUCGCACAAAGCAAGCAAGCCACUCUGGUUCAAAUUUGUAUUUACCUUUCUUUUGACAAGCAAUUUGUAUUGACAAUCUUACUAGCUCCUCUAACUGCUAAUCCCUGUAAGAAUUGUGGUAGAAUUGCCUGCUUUUGAUUUCAUUUUCGAUACUAAUGUAGAUCAUAGAAAAUUUAUUUGACA